CAGUUUCCAUCUGCCUCACUCACCCAGUUGCUAUUGCAGACUUGACACGGACAAAACUUAUUUCACUGAAUCAGAGUUUUAUUUCUUUUUGCAGAAGUCAUCACCAUGAGCACUCUGAACCAGCAGUAUGAGGAGAAGGUGCGUCCCUGCAUUGAUCUCAUUGACUCUCUUCGCUCUCUGGGUGUGGAGAAGGACUUGGCGCUGCCUGCUAUAGCCGUGAUUGGAGACCAAAGUUCGGGGAAGAGCUCCGUGUUAGAGGCGCUGUCUGGGGUGGCUCUGCCAAGAGGAAGUGGCAUUGUGACAAGAUGUCCUCUCGAACUGAAGAUGAAGAGAAAGAAAGAAGGAGAGGAGUGGUAUGGAAAGAUAAGCUACCAGGACUAUGAGGAAGAGAUAGAAGUCCCUGCAGAUGUGGAGAAAAAGAUCAGAGAAGCUCAGGAUAAAAUGGCGGGAAGUGGGGUGGAAAUCAGUGAUGACUUGAUCAGUCUGGAGAUCGCCUCUCCUGAUGUUCCAGACCUGACGCUCAUUGACCUGCCUGGCAUCGCCAGGGUGGCUGUUAAGGGACAACCAGAGAACAUUGGAGACCAGAUAAAGAGACUCAUACAGAAGUUCAUCAAAAAACAAGAAACCAUCAGCUUGGUGGUUGUUCCAUCCAACGUGGACAUAGCAACCACAGAGGCUUUGAAGAUGGCACAGGAAGUGGAUCCUGAUGGAGAGAGGACUUUGGGUAUCUUGACCAAGCCUGAUCUGGUGGACAAAGGAACAGAAGAGAUGGUGGUUGACAUUGUUCAUAAUGAUGUCAUCCACCUGAAGAAGGGCUACAUGAUCGUCAAGUGCAGGGGUCAGAAAGAGAUCACAGAGAAGGUGUCUCUUCCUGAAGCAAUAGAAAGAGAGAAAGCUUUCUUCAAAGAUCAUGCAUAUUUCCACACCCUCUACAAUGACGGUCAUGCCACUGUUCCUAAACUGGCUGAAAAACUCACCCUUGAGUUAGUGCAUCACAUUGAGAAAUCUCUGCCACGACUGGAAGAGCAGAUAGAAGAGAAACUAGAACAGACUCGUGCAGAGCUGGAGAGAUAUGGCAACGGACCCCCAACUGACCCAGCUGAGAGAGACUUCUUCCUCAUUGAUAAAGUGACUGCAUUCACUCAGGAUGCCAUCAGUCUGACCACAGGAGAAGAACUGAAGUGUGGAGAAAGACUCAAUGUAUUUUCUAUACUCAGAAAAGAGUUUGGAAAGUGGAAUGCCCACCUGGACCGUUCAGGGGAAAAAUUUAAUCACUGGAUUGAGAGAGAGGUGGAGGAAUACGAAGAGAAGUAUCGUGGAAGAGAACUGCCAGGGUUCAUCAACUACAAGACAUUUGAGUUGAUGGUCAAGGAGCAGAUCAAACAGCUGGAAGAACCAGCUGUCAAGAAACUCAAGGACCUUGGAGAUGCUGUUAGAAAGGUGUUCAUACAGCUGGCCCAGAGUAGCUUCACUGGAUUUCCUGUCCUCAUGAAAACAGUCAAGGCAAAAAUCGAAUCCAUCAAACAAGAAAAGGAGUCCACUGCUGAAUCCAUGCUGAGAACCCAGUUCAAGAUGGAGCUGCUUGUUUACUCCCAGGACAGGACCUACAGCAGCAGUCUGAGUGACAGAAAGAGAGAAGAACAGCAGCGGGAGGUAGACUCAGACCAGGGAAGCGUCAUAUCAGAUAAUGAAGAAAGAAGUAUUGUAUACAGCACGGAUAACCAUGCAACACUUCAGGAGCUGAUGGUGCACCUUAAAUCGUAUUACAAAAUUGCCAGCCAGCGUCUGGCGGACCAGAUCCCCAUGGUGAUCCGCUACCAGAUGUUACAGCAGUCUGCCAUCCAGCUGCAGAGGGAGAUGAUGCAGGUGCUUCAGGACAAGGAAAAGUCUGAGGUCUUGCUGAAGGAGGAUUUUGACAUUGGCAGCAAGAGAGCUGCUUUCCAGUGUCGUCUGGAACGCCUCAUGAAGGCCCGUAGAUUCCUGACAGAGUUCUAGAGGAGGUCAAUGUCUGACAGUAUGAGUCUAACUCUUUCAUUUGUCUUUUCUUUUAUUGAAUGUCCUGAAAUGUGUACCCCAAAAGGCAUUAAGUAAAGCCACUGAUUGCAACUUUAACUUCCUGGUAUUUCACAAGAAUACUGUACAACUCAUAUGCCUAGUUCAAUUCCUACAGAAUAACUAUGUACAUAAAAGCAUGUACUUUGGCUCCCCCUUGUGGUUUUUACAAAGGAAAUAGCUAAAAAAAAUGGACAGGAAAAAGCAGGGGUAGAUUCAGUCCAGAAUUCCAUCACUGAUGAAUGUAUUUUUUUCUGAUAUUUGAUUAAAGCUUCUCUCUCAAUCAAUAA